AUGGAAACGACACUACCUUUCCCCUUUCUCAUCAGCGUGGCUGUUCCGCCCGGCUUGUCCAAGCUGGACGGCCUUGACCGGGAGCAGGUCUCGAUCCUCGGGGCCCCCUUCUUUGAGGCCAACGACCAGACCCUGGAAAAGUUCCACAACUUCCUGAAGCAGCACAACGCAGAGUUCCGCGGAUACUUCGACGUCACCCGCAUCUCGUCGCGCGACGAUGUUGUCUCUCUGCUCGACGCAGGUGCCCGUAUGGUCUUCGUCUCCCCAGAGAACCUUGCCCAGUACGAAGAGUUCGGCUCCCGUGUGGGCUCCGUCCUCUCCACGGCCGACGUCACAACUAAGCCUGCCUCCAAGCACGCCGUCCUCGUCAAGGACUUUGACUCGGCCACAUGCGACCUGGGCUCCUUCAUUGAGCGCUGUAAGGUCGAGAAGCUGCCCAACUUGUUCAUCAAGCCCGUGCCCGAGAGCAAUCUCGACCACUUUGUCGACAUUGCCAAGCAGUGCUGUGCCAUCCCCGUACUGCCGUCUGAUGGCUUGACGGCCAGUAAAGAGGAGCCCAAGAAGCUGUCACUGUCCAAGCUCAUUUCAUCAUUUUGGAAAUCGGACAGGCCGGACGGCCUCAUUCCCACUGUCGUCUGCGACGAGUCCGGCACCGCGCUGGGCCUUGCCUACAGCAGCGCCGAGAGCGUUGGCGAGGCUCUGAGGACCCGCACUGGGGUCUACCAGAGCCGCAAGCGCGGCCUCUGGGUCAAGGGUGCCACGUCCGGAGAUACUCAAGAACUCGUCCGUAUCGCGCUGGACUGCGAUAAUGACACGCUCAAAUUUGUCGUCAGGCAGAAGGGUGGCUUCUGCCACCUGGACCAGCACGGCUGCUUCGGUGACCUCAGCGGCAUCCCUAGACUUGAGCAGACGCUCCAGUCACGCAAGAAGUCCGCGCCCGCAGGAUCCUACACCGCUCGUCUCUUUUCCGAUGAGAAGCUCCUGCGGGCGAAGAUCAUGGAGGAGGCGGAAGAGCUUUGCGAUGCCAAGACCCCUCAAGAGGUUGCCUUUGAGGCGGCCGACCUGAUUUACUUUGCGCUUACCAAGGCUGUUAGCGCGGGCGUCAGCCUUGCUGAUAUUGAGAGGAAUUUGGAUGCCAAGUCGUUUAAGGUGAAGAGGAGAACGGGAGAUGCUAAAGGCAAGUGGGCUGAGAAGGAGGGUAUCAAGCCUUCUUCAGCAACUUCCCCUGCAGCGGCAGCGGCACCGGCGCCCGCACCAAAGGACGAUGAGUCUGACAGGAUCACGAUGCGCCGCUACGACUUGACCAAGUCGUCCGCUGCCGAGAUCGGCGAGGUGCUGAAGCGUCCAUCACAAAAAUCACCCGAUGCUAUCCUAAACAUCGUCAAGCCCAUCAUUGACGAGGUUCGGGACGGAGGCGAUAAGGCCGUCCUGUCCUACACCCACAAGUUCGAGAAGGCCACGUCUCUGACUUCCCCUGUCCUCAAGGCCCCCUUCCCCAAGGAGGCCAUGCAGCUGUCCCCUGAGUCGAUCAAGGCCAUUGACAUCUCCUUCGAGAACAUCCGCAAGUUUCACGCCGCCCAGAAGGAGGACAAGCCUUUGCAGGUCGAAACCAUGCCCGGUGUCGUCUGCAGCCGUUUCUCCCGCCCCAUUGAGCGCGUAGGCCUCUACGUGCCCGGUGGCACCGCCGUCCUCCCCUCCACGGCCCUCAUGCUCGGUGUUCCCGCCAUGGUUGCUGGUUGUCAGAAGAUUGUCAUCGCCUCGCCGCCCCGUGCGGACGGCAGCCUCACCCCGGAGAUCGUCUACGUCGCUCACAAGGUCGGCGCUGAGAGCAUUGUCCUUGCCGGCGGCGCCCAGGCUGUCGCCGCCAUGGCCUACGGCACGGAGAGCGUGACAAAGGUCGACAAGAUCCUCGGGCCUGGUAACCAGUUCGUCACGGCGGCCAAGAUGUUCGUCAGCAACGACACCAACGCCGGCGUCAGCAUUGAUAUGCCUGCGGGCCCUUCCGAGGUCCUCGUCAUCGCUGACAAGGACGCCAACCCAGCUUUCGUCGCCUCGGACCUGUUGUCCCAAGCGGAGCACGGUGUCGACAGCCAGGUCGUGCUUAUCGCCAUUGACCUCACCGAGCAGCAGCUGCAGGCCAUCGAGGACGAGCUACACAGCCAGGCUAUGGCUCUGCCCCGUGUUGACAUUGUCCGCGGCGCCAUCGCCCACUCCGUCACCAUCCAGGUCAAGACCGUUGACGAGGCCAUGCGCAUCAGCAACGAUUAUGCUCCUGAACACUUGAUACUGCAGGUCAAGGACGCCGAAAAGGUGACGGAGAAGGUCAUGAACGCCGGGUCUGUCUUCAUCGGCGAGUGGACGCCCGAAAGUGUCGGUGACUACUCUGCCGGUGUCAAUCACUCUUUGCCUACGUACGGAUACGCCAAGCAGUAUUCGGGAGUCAACCUCGCAUCCUUCGUCAAGCACAUCACCAGCUCCAACCUGACGGCCGAGGGCCUGCGCAACGUCGGCGAAGCCGUCAUGCAGCUCGCCAAGACGGAGCAACUCGAGGCCCACCGCAGAGCCGUGGAGAUCCGCAUCGACCAUAUGAACCGCAGGUAA